AAUCUACGUAAAUUUACUUUUCUUUAAAAAUAAUUAAUAAGUUUGAGAGAAUCGAGAAUAACGUUCAUCAUUACAAAUUAAAAAAUAUCGAUAAGCUAUCGAUUGCAGUGCAGGUUUAUCUCGAUGUACCUCAUUCAAAGUUCCUUCCAUUAAUCAGUAGCGCGUUUUCUAAAGAUUGUUGAGCAAGGUCAUACUUAACCUUUUAAGUAUAUUCUGAAAUGUCAAACUUAAAAAUUGUGUUUGUAGUAACGCAAUAAAUGCACUCACAAAAAGUAGACAUCCGAGCCAUAAUAAGGCUGUGUAGGGUUAGAAACAGUUAGCAUUUGGAGAAAGGUCAAUUGACAAAGAAUAAGCACACGAUUAAGCAUUUAUCUUAAAGAUGACGGUUAUGGAUUUUUUUGGUUGUGCUUUCUUGGCUUUUGGACCUCCAUUAGCCAUGUUCACAUUUACUAUAGCUAAUGAUCCAAUAAAAAUUAUCAUAUUAAUUGCCAGUGCCUUUUUCUGGCUUAUUUCAUUACUUUUAUCAUCUGUGCUUUGGUAUGCUGUUGUUCCACUUCAAAAUCAUCUUGCAUUUGGAUUAGUAUUUUCUGUAUUAUUCCAAGAAACUUUCAGGUACCUUUUAUACUGGGUAUUACGUAAAGCUGAAAGAGGUUUAGAAAAAGUAACCACAACACACGUAGCUGAUAGCAGACAUAUAUUUGCAUAUGUUUGUGGCCUAGGUUUCGGUUUUAUGAGUGGAGCUUUUGCUCUGGUCAAUGUGUUAGCAGAUGCAAUUGGUCCUGGAACCAUGGGUAUCAGACAUGGUACAGAAUACUUCUUCAUCGUAUCAGCAUCCACCACUUUGUGCUUCAUUUUACUUCAUACGUUCUGGGGUGUUAUUUUCUUUGCUGCUAUUGAUAGGCAAAAAUGGGGACAAAUUGUAUGGGUCGUAGGAUCACAUUUGUUUGUCUCCUGCAUGACCCUAUUAAAUGUAAAACAAUUUUAUGCAAUCAGUCUUUCAUUUGCUUACAUUGUAUUAAUUAUUAAUGCGGCUUUUGCCUUUAAGGUCGCAGGUGGAAAGAUGCGGAAUAUAGCUCAGUGUUUUACAAAAAAUUAAGAGCUUAUGUAAGCACUUGGUUAAUAAGAUAUAGAUGUAAAGAACAAAUAUUUCAUUUUUUAUAAGAAUAAAAGUCUGGAUAUGAUACAUUUGAUUUCUUAAUAAAUAACUAACGAAACGGCUGUUUACAAAAAUGAGUACAAGUCAAUGAGAGGAAUGAAUAUGAAAUAAUAGUUAAUUCUAUGAUCUCUAUUAACUUGUUAGAUACUCGAAAAAAAAUGAUUAAAAAAAAACGAAAGCAUCGAGAACCACAAUCAAAUUGUAAAUACACUACUUCAUUGAAUUAUUCGAAAAUUUCUGUUUUCAGAACUAUUUUAGAUAAUCCGAUCUAUUUUACUUGGUACGCUCUAGCAUUAAGUUUUUUGGUAAAAUUGCUAGUCCGUCCCUAAAUCCAUUGAGACAAAUGAUAAUGCUGUAGUUAUUGUUCAAACUGCAGUAGAGCAAAGACAAUGUUUUAAUUUAAAAUCUAGUUAUAUGACAUAGUGUACAGCAUAUUCAUUCAAGAAAAUUAAUACCUAUAAUGUGUGUGAUUGUAUGAAUGUAUGUUUGUGUAUUUAAUAUGUAUGAUAUAAUGAUGCAGAUUAUAUUAUGCAAAAGUUUAAAAACAAACUAUUACUUGAAUAUGGUAUUCAAAAGAUGCGAUAUAAAUAAGGAAUUGUUCAUUGAUUUUAUAUCUAAGAUAAUUUGUUAAAAAUGCAAUUUAGAUUAUUACUGGAUCAUGUUAUAUCUCGCAUCCUAAUUCAUUUACGACAUAUCAUAUCUCAAUAGUUUAUUAACCCCACUCAUAUUACAUUUCAUAUAUUGUGUGAUUCAAAUAAAAACCAUUUUUGUACAAUCGCAGGUGCAUUGAUCUAUUCCUUACCAUCAUCUCGGAAAUCAAGUAAAUGUGUAAUGUACAUAAAAUUCAUAAAAAUAUUAAAAUAUUUUUUGUAUAUCACUGUCUUCCAGAAAAAAAGCAAAAAGAAAAAAGAAAAAUCAAAGAAAAAUAAGAAAAGAAAAAAAUUAACAUCAUUGUUAUUCUCAUUUUUUUAAUUAAUAAAAUAACAAAUCAAUUUAGUGUAUAAAAACCAUUUGCCAUUGCAUAUUACUAUUUGUCACUCAGAAGUUAGAGAUCAAAUUGCCAUGCAUACUUUUUGACUAUUAAUAUCACAACUAUAGUUCUUGGAUGCUUCAAUACACAAAUUAAUAACUUUUUAAUAUACAACAUCUAUAAUAACUUUUUACAUACAAACUAAGUAUAGUAUAGGAGAAUAUACUUAGAUUAAUAAGAAUUUGGUAGAACCUCUAUCUCAAUAUCGUAAAAUUAGGUAUUACAAAAAUAUUGACUUUAUAAAUACUAUACUUUUUGAAGAGCAGCACUCUGAGAAUUCUCUAUUCUUUUUUACAUCAUACAUAAAAAAUAUAACAAGUUGAUAUUCAAUAUUAUCUUACAAAGUCUGUUUAAUAAAAAGUCCACUGUAUCAACAUUAAAAAAUAAGUAUACUGAAAUUUAAAAUAUGUUACACCACUGCAAUUGUUUGAGAGAAGCUACUUUUAAAAACUUUUCAAUUAUUAACAUUAUCUUGCAUUUUCAGAAAUAGGAAUAUAUUGCAUCGAAAUCUACGAAGUAUAAUACUUUGUACAAUUGCUUAAAAUAAUAUGAUCUGUAUAUUUUGCACCCUGUGAAGUGUAGAACUACAAAUGAGUUCUUUUUUGUAUUACACGUCUAUGAACUACUUGUUAAGGAAGCCAUGAGCAAUUCCAUCUUAUUCAAAAAAUUUUUUCCUUCCAUCUUGUCCCAUCUAACUUCUUUAAAAGAACCACCUAAAUUUUCCCAUUUUCUUUCUCGCACUAAUUGUCCCGGAAAGAAAUCUUUUCUAGGAGAAUGUGCAAUUGCCACUUGUACUCCUGUUUGGGGUUCACAUCUUACAGCUAUCAUUCUGAAAUUAACAAAUACGAACCAUAUAACAAUUGUUAUUAGAAAUAAUUUCAGGAGUAUAUAAAUUGUAAAUUACCUGUCACCGAUUGGCGAAGCUAAAAUACAACUACUUGCAUUUCCUAAAGGCUCAACUGCACCUAAACCGAGAUGAGAACUAUUUCCCAGAAGUUGCCACCCCAUACACUUUGCUAAAGAUUGUACUGCCGUUAUUUGGUGUUGAUAUAUCUAAAGUAAUCGUAGUAUUAAAUACAUUAUAUCAUUAAAUCUGUCUGUGUGUGUGGGUGUGUGUGUGUGUGUGGUAUAAUUCUACAUUGAUAAGUUGAGAUUAAUGAGUAAUAUUAAGAAACUAACCUGACAAAAAAUUAAAUCCCUUAAUUCCUGAGGUUCAUAACUCAUAUGCAUUACUCUGCCAUCUCUACAGACGCAUUUAAGUGAUUUUUCUCCUACAUGAACGAUCAACGAAGUACGAUAUAAACUGUCGUAUCCGUGUGUUAAUAUAUUAAUUUUAACACAUGACUGCGUAGGGGAAUUUAAUGCCAUCCAAUGAGAUACAAUUAAAGGAUCCUUAACUUCUUUUGCUAUUGUGUCCAGAACAUAUUCAAAGUUCAUAUCUAUCUGCCGCUGUUGGACCAGCCAAACAUCGGCGUUUACUAGGUCCAAGAGGACCCGAUGAAGGAUGAGGAAAUGGAUGAUGAGUAUUUUUAUGAUGUACUUCACGUAGCAAUUGAUGCAAGGAAUGUUCUAAUACAUGAUCAUGAUCAGUUUUGUGAGGUGGAGGGGCGGUUGGUUUUUUGUCAUUCCCAGUACUAUGACACAAACCUAUGAUCAGUUGAAUUCCUGGAAGCACCUGAUGCAACAAUAAAUUUUAUACAUUCCAUAAUCGAUUUUGUAAUUAAAUUAUUGUAAAGAACAUAAUAGUUACAGUAGCCAUAAUUUGAUUCCCAACAACCAUAUGCGGAAUUGGCGCACGUAAAUGUACAGCCUCUCUUGCCAAUUGACUAAAUAGUUCUUUACAGAAUAAAACAUUUUGUGCUGCUUCUAAUUUCUGUUGCCAAUGCAUAUCUGCAUUGGAACUAUGCGCACUACUAUUAAGUAAACUAAUGUUAGCACUACACAAAUCCUCCUGAUCUAAAAUAUAUAAUAAUGAUUUUCUAAACGAAUAUAAUCAAAAUCAUACAGAAAAAAAACAAAAAAAAAGAAGAAAAUUAUUAUAAAAUAUUAAAUUAAUAUUAUCUACCUUUCUGACAUAAUACUUCAAUAUAAGCUACUCCUUGUAAUUCACUAGGUAUAGUAACACGCAAUGCAGAUGCUUUUGAAUUGGAUGGACCAUGAGAUUGUCCCGUUGUAUUACUACUAGAAUUAGGUGAAGCAGGAGGACUACCAUUUGGUUUUUCUUCCUCUUCCGCUUUUGUUACUUCAAACAUACCAGUCUGAGUAUACUUAGAGCCAGCUGCAAUUAAUUUUUGUCAGAAAAAUAAUAUGUUGAAAAAUAAUUAUAGAUAAAAGUUAAACAGCAAAGAAAUUACCUGUUCUAUAACUAAGAUCUCCAAUUAUAGAAUUGGAUACUUUCUUUAAGCGCCAAUUUUGUCUUAAUCUUAACAAUUCAAUGUGAAAAUCUGGUGUAUUACGAUUCCUAGCUAAUUCAUUUUGACUAUUUCGUAGUCUUUCUGCUCCCGUCAUGAGAACCGAAGCAGCACCUGCUAAUGCUUUUUUUCUAGCAUAUACUUGUACCAUGGGUUUUACUUCAACUGAUUCUUGAGGUACAGGAUCCAAAACUAAAUAAUGUUUUUCUUUUGCUAUUAAAGAAUACCUCAAUUUGCUUCUAACACUAUCCCAUGGCCACAAUGAAGAUUGAAAAGAUGCUGGAUCUUUUGCGUCCUCUUCACUUUUUUCUCCAUUCUCAGGUGGUUCUUUUUUAAUUUCCUCUCCAUUGGUCUUACUAAAAUCUAUCUUUUGGGCAAUUUUUGCCAAAUUUUCCGACAAUGUAAGAGGCCUGUAAUAUUAAAGUUAGACGAAUUAAGGUUAACGUAAACAUUUAGAUUUUAUAACAAGAUUCAACAUCAUAAGUAAAAUAUUAUUUUAAACAUAGGUAUAAUUUAUAAAUUUAUAACAUACGCCUGAUAAAUUUCUUGCCCAUCAUAAGUGAUUUCUUGAAUUUGAUUUUCUAUCGGUGCUUCUACCGAAAUGUUCGCGGAAAACGCCAUUGUUGUUUACAUAUUUAAAGUUACGACUGAAAUUGCGCACAUAAUAUUUAUUUAGUAUAUAAAAAAACCAUUAUAACAUAACAUUAUUAUAACGGUGAAUACUUUGGGAAUAUAUUGUAAAAGAUUUUUGAACUAAUUACACAUAAAUGUAAUAAAUGAACAAUACGUUUCACUGUGUUCAACUCUAUACUAUAUAAAAUUCGUGAUUAUCAAAUUUUUGAAACUACCUGAAAAAAUAUUUAAUUAUUAUUAAAAUAUCAGUGAAAUUUUCUUUCGAUAUUAAAUUCUUUAAUUUAAUGAAAAUCGUAAUUUUACAAAAAUUAUUCUUUCUUCAUAUAUUAUCCAAUGACAGUAUGAUUACUUAGUACAACCAAUUACUAUGAAUUGAGUAACACAAAUCGACGUUGAUUGGAUGAUACAAUAAAUCUUAAUUCUUCUAUAAAUGACUUUGUUUUCAUAAAAGUAUUUAAAGUAAACAUUAAAGUAAACAUUAAAAAAAUUAUUUUAAGUAAACAUAUUAUUUAAAGUAAACAAUUUUAUAUAGAAAAGAUGAUACGUACAUUUUUAUAGAACGGAAAGUAUUUAAAAAUUAUUAAAAAUAAAAUAUAAAAAAAUAGAUACUAAACGUAUUGUAACCUACAUAUAAGAAAACAUGAUUGGAAUCUGGGAUAAACGUAAUUCAUUAAUAGAACCGGGGCCUUUUGUUCUUCCUUGAUGACAUAAAGGCUACCAUAUUUUCUUUAUCUGAAUAAUUGUGUAAAUACGGAAUUAAAGAGUAUCCAAAAAAUCUUCAUACAUUAUAUAAUUUUAUAUUAAAUGAAAUAAUAGUAUAAUUUUGUUUAUAUACUUUAUUAAUUCUAAUAAAGAAUUUGAAUAAUUUGAUAAUUUAAAUUAUAGGGAUCAAAAAUCGAAUAAUAACUACGAAAAUGGUAACAAAAACUUGAGAUGUAUGAAGAUUUCAAGACCUACGUAACAACUUUAAAUUUUGAAUUUUUUGUAUAUAUAUAUAUAUAUAUAUACAUACACAUUCGAAGCGCUUUGAAGUGUUUCUAACCCCGUCGCAAUGUAUAAAUGUAGGAAAAUAAAAAACAUACAUAUCAAAUAAUAAAAAAAAAGUCUCGGAUGAAGGAAAGUAUUAAAAAAGAAAAAAUUGUUAAGUAAGAUGAAAUGUAUAAAAUAUAAAUAAAUUUUCUUUCUCCACUGAUUAUUAACAAUAUAUCAAUACAGUAUUGUAUUAUUUAAUAGAAGCUAAGAGAACUGAUCUUCUUUCUGUAUUUUGAAAUAAUGCUCUAAUAAGUUGUUUUACUUGAAUAGCUGUAAAUUCUUUUGCAAGAGGACCUGUCCCAUUUGCCCAUCUAAUCUCUAUCUCUUUCAAUGAUGCACCAAGAACUUUAAUAAGUUCUAAGAAUUUUUUCCAUUUUCGUGCAUAUUGUGCUAUCUUCUCAGAUUCCUAAAAGUAAAAAAAAAGUGUUCUUGUCAAAUUUAUACAUAAUCAGCCCCCGCAUAUGUUCUUAUAAUUUCACUUUUACAGGAACAAGUUGAUGGAACAACUCUAUCUAUAUCAACUCUUUGAUCGCAGAAUCACACAUGACUACUUAACAGUGUUGUGGUAUAAUAAACAAGUUAAUAAAAUAAAUUCGAAUGAAAAUUAUUAUCUUUAUUAUUUUUGAAUCCUAGAAUUUAAAUUUGAUCACUCGACUUACUGGAAAUAUCAUUGGCGUUCGUGUUGCAACUGUAUUGAACAUUAUCACUAAGUCAGAAGCUAUAUCAGCAGGUAUAUCUUCAACAGAUGUAACUCUUAUUAUUAAAUCUUCGACCAUAGAAUUAGCGAUGCAUCCUGUUAGAAAUAUCAGCAAAAACCCGAGGUAGAACAUCUAACCAGACGGUCUUCAACAAUUCUAAUUGUCUGAUACAUUGUCUCAAUGCACGUUCAGUUGACGAAGGUAAUUCAGAAACCUGACCUAGUGCUGCUAAACCUAGUUACAUUUACAACUUCGAUUGUUAUAAAUUGUCUUUAAAAAUUAUAGUAUUUACAUUGAAGUUGACUACGACUGACCUGACUCUUUGAGAAUAUCUAUAAUAAUAUCUCUCUGAUAUCUCAUGUGCUCUAGGAAACAUUCAGAACCGACAUUGCGUAGUAUCAGUGUUUGAUCAGUAAAAGUUAAGUUAAGCUGUUGCAAUGAUCUCGGCAAUUUAUCCCUGUAUUCAUGUGCCAAUGUGAGUAGGUGGUGUGCGAGAUACAUACAGUUGUUGUGGAAUAGAGCUAAGAACAGUUGUAAUGUCUAGUGACCAAUAGAUACAUUCUAAUUUAUUUGUCGUAUAUUGGAAUCUUUUUCAUUUCAUCAAUACUUACCGACUUGUUGUGGUAUUGUUUCCAAAAAUUUUUUGUGAUGUUCAGGUACUAGUCCUGCAUACAUUUCAAAUACAUUUCUACAUGUAUAAAACAGUCUGACUGCAGAAGCAUCUGAACUGUCACAGGCCUCAUCCAAAAUACUUCUUGCAAGAUCUAGUAUUUCUUUCGCACUUUUGCUAUAAAAAGAUUCUUUUCAAAUUAAUUAUAAAUGACGAAUUAAUUGACAAUUUAAUGAAAAUUUGUAAUAUUAAAUACCUUAUUUGACAAGAUGGUAGUUGAAAAGAAGAUUCAUUUAAGUAUCUGUGAAUUGAUACGCCUUCACUUUCUAACUCAUCAUUUGGAAAUUUUAAUGGGAUCUAAGAAAUAAUAGCAACAAUUUUAGUACAUUCGAAUCAUUAAAGUUUUAAUGAAAUUUACCUCUGGUAUGUGUUUAAUUGAAUCAUGUAGAUCUUUCUUAAUAAUAUUUCUUGCUUUUACCAUUAAAUCUUGGCAUAUUUUAUCAAUAAAAAGUUUAUCAA